ACACGUGUCUGUUUUGACGUCUGUCACUUGUUGAGCGGAGCGCACGCACAGGAAACCCCGCAGCAAUAAUCUCAUUUUACUGGCUUCAGCGAGGGACCUAUUUUAUGUCAGUUUUCACCAGAAAUAUUUGCAUUCAACAGGACUGUUUCAUUUUCCUUGAGUGUUUAUUUUUUAAAGAAACGCCCAGAUAGGCUGAACUAUCGCUGAAAACCUAGAAGGGCACUCAUAACAAGUGGUUAUCAUGUCUGGCGAAGAGGCUCCAACUCUGCAACCUGAGCAGGAGAAGAAGCUCGACGACCCUCCGCUCGAUGCUUCACAAGCACCGCAGGAGUCAGGGAGCAGCCCUGCGGCCGAGGAGAAGCCUCUCUCCUUCCGGUCUCUGGUCCUAACGGGUUACGGGGGCUAUGAUAAAGUCAAGCUGCAGGUGAAGACGCAGAAGCAGCCGCAGCUGGAGGCAGGAGAGGUCCUGGUGCACGUCAAGGCGUGCGGGCUAAACUUCGCCGAGCUGCUGGGCAGACAGGGGCUGUACGAGCUGCUGCCCGCCCCGCCUGUCACCAUGGGAAUGGAGGGCUCCGGGGUGAUUGAAGCAGUCGGGGAGGACGUGAAGGACAGGAAGGUGGGGGACCGAGUCAUUGUGUUGAGCCGCAGUGGCAUGUGGCAGGAAAUGGUUGUUGUGUCCGCCAACCUCACCUUUCCCAUGCCCGAGCAGAUGAGCUUUGAGGAAGGUGCUGCGAUCCCCGUUAACUACCUAACUGCCUACAUGAUGCUGUUUGAGAUGGCCAACGUGAGGCCGGGCAAGAGUGUUCUCAUCCACAUGGCAGCAGGUGGUGUUGGUUUUGCUGUUACCCAGCUGUGUCAGACUGUGCCAGAUGUGACGGUUUUUGGCACGGCAUCAGCCCCCAAACAUGAGACCAUUGCUCAAGGCGGGGUAACUCACCCCAUCGACUACCGCACCAAAGACUACGUGGAGGAAAUCCGUAAAAUCAGCCCGAAGGGAGUGGACAUCGUCCUUGACCCACUUGGUGGUUCCGACACCCAGAAAGGCUUUAGUUUGCUGAAACCUUUGGGCACGCUUAUAGUCUUUGGUGCAGCCAAUUGUGUGACAGGGCAGAAAAAGAACCUGUUGGCCAUGGCAAAGACCUGGUACAACCAGCUCUCUCUUAACACGCUCAAACUGAUGCAGUCCAACAAGGCAGUCUGCGGCUUCCACCUGGGCUACAUCACUGAUGAGCAGCUCAUCAGCAGGACUAUGUUCAAGCUGCUGGAGCUCUAUGGACAGGGAAAGAUCAAGCCCCGCAUUGACUCAUGCUAUCACUUUGAGGAGGUGACCGAUGCCUUCAGGCGCAUGCACGAACGCCAAAACAUCGGAAAAAUCAUCCUUCUUCCUGAAGCAAAAAAGGAGGAAGAGAAGCCAAAGUCCAGCCCUGAGCCGAUAGAAAAUGUGGAAAAAACUGAAGCCGCCGUCAACGACAAGAAAGAAGAGACCACAGAGGAAGUGAAAGCCGAGGAUUGAGUAUGAGUGUUUAUUUGAAUGAUGUUUUCAAGCACUUCCUGAAUGAAUUCCCUAUU